AUGCUGCCAACACCUCUCUCGCGUGGAUUGAAGAGAAAAGCCAAGAGGAAACAAAUUCAACAACAAGAUGCAGAACUCGAGCGAUUCGAUUCGCUCCCAUGGAACCCAUCUCUUCCCAAUGACGACCACAACGCCUUCUCCAAUGUCGUCGGCAACAACGAGCUCGAAGGAGGUUUUCUUAUGCUUGAAGAGAUUGAUGAGGCUGAAUAUGGAUUACAAAUUCCUGAACCGCAAAUAGAAAUUAGGAAAAAGAAGGAAAAUUCUAAGCAAAGUAAAAAGUCCAAGAAACAGAAGUGCAGCGGAGUCGAUGGCUCUGCUGGCGAGGGGGCGGAGGCUAAUGGUGAAGAGAGAUUGGACAAGGAUGAUAAUGAGAUGGAUAAAAAGAAGAAAAAGAAAAAGAAGCCAAAGGAAGCUCAGGGAAGUGAGAAUGUUGAUGGAAAUGGUGACAAUGAGGUUGAAGAGAAAGACAAGGACAAAAAUGUUAAUAUUAAGAAGAAAAAGAAGAACAAGAACAAGAAGGCCAAGGAGACCCUGGAAAAUGAGGAGAACACAGUUGACGACAGUAGCAAUGGCAAGGAAGAAAUUGAAGAAGAGCCUUUUGAUGAAGAUGAAUAUUAUGCAUGGAAUGAGUUGAGACUCCAUCAUCUGAUUAUGAAAUCAAUAUAUCGGCUUGGGUUCAAGGAACCAACGCCAAUACAGAAAGCUUGUAUUCCCGCUGCUGCUCAUCAAGGGAAGGACGUUAUUGGUGCUGCGGAGACAGGGUCCGGGAAGACUCUAGCUUUUGGUUUGCCCAUUUUGCAACGGUUGUUGGAGGAAAGAGAAAAGGCUGUGAAGAUGUUUGAUGAAAAGGGGGAUCAAACAGAAAAUUUUUCUCUGAAAGGUCUUUUACGGGCCCUUAUUAUUACUCCCACAAGAGAACUUGCACUUCAGGUCUCUGAUCAUCUUAAGGCAGUUGCCAAGGAUACUGAUGUUAGAGUGGUUCCAAUAGUUGGAGGGAUGUCAAUGGAAAAACAGGAGAGACUUCUAAAAGCAAGGCCUGAGAUUAUUGUUGGGACUCCAGGAAGAUUAUGGGAACUUAUGUCUGGUGGAGAAAAGCAUCUUGUUGAGUUACAUUCAUUGUCUUUCUUUGUGCUGGAUGAGGCUGAUCGAAUGAUAGAAAAUGGUCAUUUCCGUGAAUUGCAGUCAAUAAUUGACAUGCUUCCAGUGAGGAAUGGAUUAAGUGAAUCCCAUUGUGAAAAUGCACAAAAUUCUGUUGAGAUGUCCAACUUCCAGAGGAAGAAAAGACAAACAUUUGUUUUCUCUGCUACUAUAGCACUAUCUCCUGAUUUUCGUAAGAAGCUAAAGCGUAGUUCGCUAAAAUCAAAGCAAUCAAUGUCUGAUGGGGUGAAUUCAAUAGAAGCUCUAAGUGAGCGAGCAGGAAUGAGAGACAAUGUUGCAAUCAUUGAUCUGACAAAUACAUCCAUUUUGGCAAAUAAGCUUGUGGAGUCAUUUAUCGAAUGCACGGAAGAAGAUAAAGACGCCUAUUUGUAUUAUAUUUUAAGUGUUCAUGGACAAGGUCGCACACUUGUGUUCUGUACAUCAGUUGCAGCGUUGCGACAUAUAUCAUCACUCUUGCGCAUACUUGGAACGAAUGUCUGGACACUUCAUGCUCAGAUGCAGCAGCGAGCUCGCUUGAAGGCAAUCGAUCGUUUUAGGGGAGAUGAACAUGGUUUACUUGUGGCCACUGACGUUGCAGCAAGAGGCCUGGAUAUUCCUGGUGUUCGAACUGUUGUUCACUACCAGCUUCCACAUUCAGCAGAAGUUUAUGUUCACAGAAGUGGUAGAACUGCUAGAGCUUCUGCUGAUGGAUGCAGCAUUGCAUUAAUUGCACCAAAUGAGACAUCCAAAUUCGUUUCGUUGUGCAAAUCAUUUUCUAAGGAAAGUUUUCAGCGAUUUCCCAUGGACAACGCAUACUUGCCUGAGGUCAUCAAACGAUUAUCUCUUGCCCGUCAAAUAGACAAAAUCCUGCGGAAGGAUUCCCAGGAGAAAUCAAAGAAAAGCUGGUUUGAAAGAAAUGCAGAAUUGAUUGAAUUAGUUGUGGACAAUGAUGACAGCGAGGAGGAAAGGGUGAAAAAUCAUAAGAAAAGGAAAGCCAGCUCCAUGAAUUUACACAAAUUGCAGCAGGUUGCGUAG